UUGCUAUUUUAAGUUUUUUUGCCUUACUGUUAUAGGAGCAAAGAGAAAGUAUAUUCUUACAACCAUUAAAUUCUGAUUUUUAACUGGUUUUAUAACCAUGACUAUGGCAAGAAGCUGUACAGUUUUUAAAAAGGUUUUUCAAAACUCCCUAUGCACUUCAUCAAUACGAUAUCUCAGUACAUGUUCACCAGUGCAACAAAAGUUAGAUUUAUGUGGAAUAUUUCCACCUAUUGCGACCCCUUUCAAAGAAAAUGAAGAUAUUGCUUGGGGAAAAUUUGAAGAAAACCUUCAGAAAUGGGACAAGAUACCCUUUAAAGGUUACCUUGUCCUUGGUUCAAAUGGAGAAUAUGUUUCGCUAUCCAAUAAAGAGCGAGUUGACAUAGUGAAGUUUGUAAAAAAGUCUGUCAAAACAUCGAAAUUGGUGUUGGCUGGACCUGCACUAGAAGGUACAAAAGAAACCUUGCGUUUGACCAAAGAAAUGGCAGAUGUGGGUGCGGACGCAGUUGUUGUCACCACACCCUCUUUCUUUAAAAACAGAAUGAAUUAUGACGCCAUGAUGAAACAUUAUACAACUAUUGCUGAUUUCUCUCCUGUACCAGUCAUCUUGUAUAAUGUCCCAUCCAAUACAGGUGUUGAAUUUCCAUUGAAUGCAGUUUUUGAACUGGCCAAACACUCUAACAUUAUUGGCAUUAAAGACAGUUGUGGAAAUAUCACCAAUUUAGGCCACAUUAUUGAACGGACUUCACACGAAGAUUUUCAAGUUCUUGUUGGGGCUGCGUCAUUAAUUUUACCUGCAAUGCAAUUGGGCGCAGUAGGAAGUAUAUGUGCUUUGGCGAACAUUCUCGGAGAGAAAUGUUGUAAUCUUUAUUCUAUGGUUGGUGAAAACAAACUAAAAGCAGCCACGCAUUUGCAAUUGUCUCUGAUCGCAGCCAACCAAACAGUUACUCGUAAAUACAACGUACCAGCAAUGAAGUAUGCGAUGGACUUACUUGGUUAUUAUGGUGGUCCAUGUCGGUCACCUUUAACUCCACUUUCCGAUGCUGAGAAGGCGGACAUAGAAAAUGUGUUCAAAGAUUACAUCAAGUAGACAGUAUUCUUGUUUCCUUCUAAUCCUUUUUGUUCUUGAAAUCUAGCUUGAAAGAAAUUAAAAACCUUUUAAUUUAGCAUAAAACUUCCAAACAUUACAAUACCAUGGUGAAAACGUUUUCUUCUCUCUAAAACUUUCUCUGUUUUGAUUCGUUGCAAAACGACUUUAGUUCCACAUGAUUGUUUGUAAAUUUUAGUCGACAGGGCAAUGUUGUUAGAUUUUUGUGCGUAAAUUUUACUUUUGAAAGUGACCACUAAAUGAAUUUUUCCAAAACUUCGUAGCAACACAAGAUUGCAAAGUAUUUUCAUAAAAAUUACGACACGUUUUAUUUUUAACAUGUUUCGACCUUACCAAAGUCAUCUUCAGAAUAUUAUACAAAAGUUGAUACAUACACUCUUUAUACAAAAUUUUUUUCGAAAGUUAUUUAAAUAUUUCCCAAAAGUACAAUUUUAUAUGAAUUAUACACAAGCUAAUCCAUAUUGACAAAAUAAUAUUAGAUAAACUAACAAAAGUUAGUUAAAUAAAAUUUAUAUACACAAUUUGUUUAAGACAAUUAAAUAUAUCCCAAACGUACAAUUUUUUAAUUUUAUUAAAUGAAUUUACACAUGCUAAAUCAAUAUCUAAGUAACAAAAACGAUACUGAACAAGCGGCUAAUACAAAACAUAAAAUUAAACGGAUAAAUUGAUGAUGCAAUGCUUAACUUGUUUAUUGAGAUCUGGUUUCAACCAAGAAAUAUGCAUACCCUCUUUGAGUUUCCUCUGCCAAUCAGUGUCUGCAUAAUCCAAAAUAGAAAAACAAUUUUCGUUACAUAGUAAUUUACAGUUAAGAUUUGACUGCAUAUGCUUAAAUAUUUGUGAGUUUUUAUCAGUAUUCAAAUGUUCUUUAACUCUACUAGAAAUGUGCCUGGUGGUUUCACCCACAUAGGUAGCAUUACAACUAGCACAAACAAAUUUAUACACAAGUCCAGAUUUAAAAGAUUCAGGAAUUCUGUCCUUGCAAGAAAAAUAAUCUUUAAUUUUACACGACUUAAAAACGAGGCACACAUUGAUUUCUUUACACAUCUUAUUGACAAGUUGAUUGACUUUUUCUUUGGCAGUAUUAGAGUACUUGCCAAUAAAAGGCAAUUUAAAAUACCUCUUUUCUAAUACAUUAGUUGUCUCUGUACUGACAGCUGUAGAAAAAUCUUAUCAAGGUAAUUUGAAAUAUGGCGGUUUACCAGUUUUGUAGGAAAAGAGUUUUUCUCAAAAUUUCAGUCAAAUGAAUUUUGAAGUUAAUUUUGCAGAUUGAAAAAACAAAACAAAAAGGUUAUUGGAAUUUACAAGAGCUAAUAUUGGUUAUGCUGGAAUAAUUUUCAAAUGAAAAUUCAAAAACAAAAAAUUCGUAGUUUUAUACAAUCGUUCCAUUGUUUUAUUUAAGUUAUAGAUAUCUUUUUACGGAAACACGAAAUGCAUGAUAUAAAGGACGGGCGACCCCGUGGAUAUUUUCACGGGUAACCCGCCAGCCUAUAUUAUAAUACCCGUAUGCGUCUGUCUGUCACGCAAAAUGCUAACCGCAGUAGCAAGACACACAAAAUACAGCUAAUAAGGGACGGGCGAACCCGUAGAUUUAUAGUUAACGACUAGGCUCUAUAAUAAUAGCCGUAUUUUGUCUGUCUCUGCGCAAGAUGGUACCUAGAGUAGCGAGACACGCGGAAUGCGGUAUAUAAAGGACGGGCGAACCCGUGAAUUUAUCCACGGGACACCAACUAGUAUUAUUAGAUUAUCCACUGUAUUAGAUUAUUUAUUAGAUAUUAUUCACGCAAUUCUUAAAGAAUGCUAGUUUUUAUGUUUUUAUGAUCAUAUAUUUUCUUUUUAAAAUUAUAUGAAAUUAGUUAAUGUUUUUCAGUAGUCAUAAUUUUUCUAAUAUUAUUACCUUCUCGGGAAUCUUUCUGAAAAGACUGGAAAAAUAAAUUUGUCUUGUAAAGUCUUGGAAUUGUGACAAGAACUUAAAGAUGAUGUCUUGGGAUUGUACUAGAAAGUAUUUUGUAAUCGUGCGGGGUUAAUUAUUUCAUGUCUUGCAAACCUAACAGAAUAAAUUCCUUGGGAAAUAGUAAGAAAGUCAAAUGAUUAAUGUUUUUCCCCAGUCCUGAAAUAUCUAAGAAUUUGACAUGGUUAGCCGUUGUGAACUGAAAUUGUCCUGAAAUCUGAAAACAAUUUGAUUUUUAGUAGACACCUCUAACCUUACCUUCAUGUAAAUCUCGAUGAAGUGAUGCAAAAUUUCAUAAUGUUGAUAAAAAACUGCAACAUCCUCCCUACGAGGUUGCAGCUAGAAAAUUUGGCGACUGUGUGGUUGACAAUAUCGGAAAAAUGUUCAAAAUUUGAUCUCGUCAGGAAUUCUCUAAAAGUAGAUAUUUUUUUGAUUUUUUAAAAUGUUUUUUUAUUGUGUUGCCUCUGCCAACUAGCUUUCCACUGGUAUAGGUCACCCCAGCUUUUAUAUUUUUCUGAAUUUUAAUAUAUAAAUUUGAAUAAUCAUCGCUCUUCCUCUUGUACAUAUUCUGUACUUAGAUUUGAGUCAGUCAAAAUGAAUUUUUAUCGUUUUA